AACUCGUGAUCCAAUAUACUGCGAAAGUUUCUGUCUCACUCUCUCAUCGCGCUCGCUGUGGCUUGGUUGUUGUGGUGGAGGAUCGGAAAGUGAGGCCUGAUCGACACUGAUUCAAUGCCCUCUCUGUGAGCACACCUACCUCAACAAGCUGAAGCAGUCGAAUUUAAUUGCAUGUAAUUCCUGUUAACAUCCAAAUCUGCAACUUGACGGGUAGCUAUUGAUUUCCGUGGACUCCAGCGUGUUACUGCGGCACAGAGUAGUGGUCCUUACUUGGAUAACCACUGUCAUAUUUGUGAGAGUCGGAGAGACCGCCCGCUUCAUUAAUUAUUCAGGCCAUUACCUUAUCGCGGACUCCAGUAUUCCUCUGGUCUGAUCUGGCACUGUCCCCUGCGAGGUCCAGUUCGGCAUUACUCUCUCUUGUCAUAGCCCUUAUGGACAAUUGGAUUUCAUAGCAGAUGUCGACAUGUGGAUAACAUUCAUCUGAGAUAUAGUUUGGGAUGUACUGUUCUGUAGCUAGUUAGUGCAUGUGUUUGUGUGUUUUUGUGCAUUCCUAGGAGGGAUUAUUUAUCCUAUCUUCCAAAUUGUGCAAUGGGGAACAAAUUACGCAAGCUGAAGAAUGAGUUGGUGGGAGGGGAUGAGCCGGAAGCAGACGGCAACAACUUCAGGCCGAGUUCGGAGACCUCUGGUGCUUCACCUGCUGCCUCGGGGACCACUGGGACAGCGGAGAAUAAAAGUGAAGCUCCUGAAAAUGCUAUCUCUGAAACUAAAUCUUCAACAGUUGUUGAGCCUGUUGACACAUCCUCAGAAAAACCUUCACCAACUCCCGCACCAACUCCCGCACCAACUGCAACACCAACUACGACAUCAACAACAACUCCUGCCCCAACUCCCGCACCAACUCAAACUGUUAAUGAAACUGUCGAGAGUCCAGGACAUGUGCAGGCUAAAGUGUCAGCCCAGGAUCCAAAGGAACAGGUGAAAGAGAAGCAGAAGUCGGCCACGCCCCCUAGUGAUGAGAAGGAAGAUGACAUGUCUAGCACACCCCCACAUCCCGCCAUGACGAAGCGGGCGAGACGUGGCGCCGUCAGUGCCGAGGUCUACAAAGAAGAAGAUGCUGCUCAGUAUGUCAAAAAGGUUGUACCAAAAGACUACAAAACAAUGGCGGCUCUGUCUAAAGCCAUCUCAAAAAACGUCCUGUUCUGUCAUCUGGAUGAUAAUGAACGAAGUGAUAUUUUUGACGCCAUGUUUCCAGUCCAUCGGCAUGCAGGAGAGGUGAUUAUCCAGCAAGGUGACGAAGGCGACAACUUCUAUGUGCUUGAUCAAGGGGAGGUGGAUAUCUAUGUGAAUAGCGAGCAUGUAACAACAAUAGGUGAGGGUGGGAGUUUCGGUGAACUGGCCCUCAUCUAUGGAACCCCCAGAGCAGCUACAGUCAAGGCCAAGAGUGAUGUGAAACUAUGGGGAAUAGACCGAGACAGCUACAGGAGAAUUCUCAUGGGAAGCACAAUCAGGAAAAGGAAAAUGUAUGAAGAAUUUCUUGGGAAAGUAUCAAUUCUUGAGAACCUGGACAAGUGGGAACGUCUCACAGUCGCAGAUGCCCUGGAGCCAGUCAUGUUCGAGGACGGAGAAGAAAUCGUCCGGCAAGGUGAACCAGGAGAAGAUUUCUUCAUCAUUUUGGAGGGUCAGGCUGCUGUCUUACAAAGAAGAUCGGACAACGAAGAGCCAGUAGAAGUGGGCAGACUUGGGACAUCCGACUACUUUGGUGAGAUUGCCCUGUUACUGGACCGACCCAGAGCAGCAACUGUUGUGUCUCGAGGACCUCUCAAAUGUGUCAAAAUGGAUCGUGGACGCUUUGAGCGUGUCCUUGGACCCUGUGCCGACAUCCUGAAAAGAAAUAUCUCUCAGUACAACAGCUUCGUAUCUCUGUCAGUCUGAGGUCAGAGGUCACAGAUGCAUGCUGGGAUCUGUGUGUCGCUUCUGCGUCCCCAUCAGGCCGUUUUGCCGCCGUCUUAAAACAGCGGAACCAUUUACUAACAUUGAUGACUCGUCGCGUGUACUUAAACUCUCCUAAAGACAGAUUGUUCCAUAAGAUGAUGUUCAUAAAGAACAGUGUAUUUAUGUUUUGGCCAAAGUGUUACGUUCUAAAUAUGAGGACUCCAAACUGGAGUUUUACACCAAUGAUAUUAAUUCCAAAGAACACCACAAUAGCUACUGAUGUAUUUCAGGAAACCUUGCUCUUUAAUUUUUCCCCCGUCUGUUAUAUAUCUGUAAUAUUUGUUGAGUGGUCAAAACCAAAUAUUUGUAUCCUGUCUUCUUCCCUAUUCCAUUUUACGGAACACCUGGCCAAUGAAAAGUCUUGUUUGUAUGACGGUAAACGUUUGAAAUAGUUGUAAGUAUACUGUCAGUGCAGCUGGUUUGGAAUGAUUUGUCACAAUACAUAAUGUUUAGGAUUGCAAGCUGUCAGACAAUGAUUUGUGGAGCACAGCCACCUCAGGGUUAGUGUCUGGGUUUGAAUCUCAGCAAAGAUUUGCAUGCAUGCUAUCUGCACUUAAUCAAAUAUAGAAAAUAAUAAAUAUUACAUCUUUUAAUGAACAGAAUGUAAUUUGAGAGGAUUUCUUUCUAUAGGAAGAUAACUAUCCUUGGCCAGGUGUAAAAUAUGACAUCAGUUGUGGAUUAGCAGCAGAGCAAGCAAACACAAUCAGUAAUAAUUCUCAUUUAUAUGGGCAGCAAAGUUGCUUUGUAAUUUUAGUUUUUGUAAUAAACUGUUAAUUUCAUUUGAUAUUUUUGUAAUUAGACACUAUGACCACUGCUCGUCUUGUGUUUGUGAUGUGUAACGCCAGCAUGAACAAACAUGUCCACCAGAUGUAGAUACGAAAUAUUUCCCAGCUUCCUUCAAGACAAACGUGUGAUGUGUACAAACAGUCGUAAACAGUUUUCAUGACGAUAAGAAAUUCAAAAGGGUUUUACCAGUUUCACAGCUUCUAAUGGUUCAUGAAAUCUUUGAAAUACUUUGUGAGUACAGAGUUAUAUGAAGGGAGAAAUAACAUAGAACUUAAAAGCGUGGCAGCUGAAUCAGGUGCCUCUCUUGGAUGACUGCUGUGUACCGGGAUAUUAGCCUACACUCACUGUAGGGGACUGGAUACUACCAGUCAGGGUGAUGGAUGGAACAUGAGGCUGCCCUGCCUGUUGUCAUAUUUCGACUAUAAUAAGGCCAUUCAACUAUAAUAAGGCCAUAUAUUUUCUUGCCAUCGUUUACCGAUCCACCGACCAUACAAAUAGAAAAUUCAGAAAAAAACGUUAUCAGUAAACGACAAGGUUUUUUUAAUCCUGUUUAUGGUAAAGAUUGCUUUGACAACAAAAAUGCUGCUGUCAGAUUUUAGAUUUAAUAUAUUUAUGAGAACCCAGACCAGGCCACAAUGUGUUUUUUUUUAUCAAAAAAAAAGAAAAGAUUUGGCCUUAAUAUAGUUAAUGUGUAAUAGAAACAGAGUGAUAGAACAAUGGUCAGGUUCAGGGAGCCAUGUGGUUCUUGCAACUGUUCCUUAGAACACAGACAGAUUCUCGGCCUUAGAACGCAGCCAGAUUCUCGGCCUUAGAACGCAGCCAGAUUGUCGGGUCACAUGAACAGCACAUGGUUGUGUAGAUCUUAAAUUCUCACUCAAGGCCCAAGAGAGCACUGUCCAGAGAUGGUAAUUAUGUCUAAUACAGUACACUGGCUUUACAGAAAUUACUACCUGAAAUAUUCCUAGUGUUGUAGCGAAUGCAGUAUUUGAGCCAGUAUUUUAUUACGAAAUAUGGUAUUGAAAUGUCGCUCCACAAAUAUGGUAAUAUUCUUAAAUCAGGCCGAAUCGGAAGCACUUGUAACAGGUCUAACUUGCUGCCUUGUUUAUUUAUUUUGUUAUUUAUUUCAUGUAGACGAGAUAUUAAACCACUUGUUUUCAAACUAGUCAUAGUUUGGUGUAUAGAAUAAAACGCUGUUCUAGGUGGAUGAUGAUAGUCAUUGGUUGUCAUGGUAACCUUGUUAUAUAAAAUGGAUCAUGUUACUUUUUGAGUUCAUCUGUGAAUAUCAUAUCUCAGCUGCAAUAUUAUUAAUUUAAAAUAAUUACAGUUACUGUAUACAUGUCAGGGAAAAGAUCAGCUCCAUGACCUUGAUUGAUGUUGAUUGAUGUGCAUCCAGCUGCUUUAAACAUACAUCCGCUGACAAGUGUACAUAGUUAUGCCACCAUGUACAGAUUGCCUAACUGCCACACACUUUUAUUCAGCUAUAAAUAUUCCCAUAUUUGGGAAAUGUGUUUGUUAUCGAAUUUUGUAAAAACCUUGACUUUCUGUUAAUUACAAGUCAUAUUUUGUUAUUGCUGUUUCUAAACAAAGAACUUAUUUUGACAAUUGCAAUACAUGUACAUGUACCAAUUCCUAGCUUUCAUAAUGCUUGCUGUAUAGGAAACUAUCACAGGUCGCUAGUGUGAGAUUUCAUCAUGAAGUAUAACAAGUGUAUUCAAGCUGAAGAUAGUACAGCUUGGUAGUUCUCAUGGUCAAUCCAGAUACUUGUAUUCAUGGUAUAUUUUGCUUGACUAGCUGGACCUCUCAUUAUCUUUCAUGUCAGAACUUUUGUCUUUAGUAUGGUUAUCUUGAACAGAUCUCACAUUAUUUCAACAUAAAUGGGCCAAAUCUACUGAGAAGGGGGUAGUUUAACCAUGUGUAUCUUCUGUCUUGGAGAUAGCUACGAUAUGGAGUUUUACAAUGUUCGAUUUUGUUAGGAAUUCACACGUACCUUAUUACAUCUUUUUUUUCAAAAUGAAAAUGAUUAUGUAAUGCACAGAAACUGAUAAUCAAGUACAAAUGUUGACAAUAGUCUCAGGUAGGAUAAUAGGGUUUCUCCCAAAGGAAGUCAAAUUUAGUCAAGAGAGCACCCAAAUAUUUUGUUUUAGCUGUGAUGACAGUGUAUAUAUCCUUCUCAAAUGAAGUUAAAGAGCACCCUAUUUUUAGUAAAAUAAGUUAGUCUGUCAUGGCUGGUGGGUAUUGCAACACACAGCCUUCCAAUUGGUUGUCCUUUAACUUGUUUUGAGUAAGAAUGGGUCCCUAGGGCUACAUAGGUAUUUGGAUAUUUUAAAAUGUUAUGAUACGCAACAAAAUUGUUCGGAAUUCAUACUUGAGUAUAUCUCCACCUUGGGCCCCGCCACCUUCAGCCCCACCCUCUUCGGCCCCACCCCUCUUCCCCCACCCCCACCUGCUGACUGUCUCUACAGCCGUGUGCAUGUAUGUAUGUGUUAACACUGUGGCUCUACUGGGACAGGCCAGACAGUAUUUGUUAUCUAACAGAGUGGAUAUAUUUAUGUGCUUUGCUGGCAACUAACCAUUGUAUGAUGACUUUAGAUAGUUGAGACCUGUUGUAGUUGUAGCCAAUCACAGGGCUGGUUAGAUCUGUUCUUAACCAAUCAGAUUGGCCAAUAUGUACAACUUUUGGUUCAUAUUAAACAGGUGUAUUUUACAAAUGUCACAACUGUUGUUCUGCAUAGUUCAGACAAAGCUAUAACAACGUACCAGAAUAAAUGAUAAUUUAUGCCCUGUU